AUGUCGAAACACCGCAUGAAGAAUGUCAGCUAUGAUGACGAUGAUUAUGAAGAUGACGGCUAUGACUCGCCCGAUCCUGAAGAGCAGGAGUUCCUGCAGCAGUGUACCGCCGCGGUCCUGCAACGGCUCCGCGCGGGACAUCCGUCGGUGACGGCCACGAAGGAAGAAGUCCAGGACUCGCUAUGGCACUACUAUAACGAUGUGGAAAAAUCGGUGAAUUACCUACGAGGUAAACGCGAGAAGGAGGUUAAGAAACAGCAGGCGUCUGCUGCAUCGCAGAAGCCGAAGGAUCAAGUCGCACAUUUCUCCGCUGCCGACUUCUUUCGCGACUGUCCUUGGCUCAAUGUCCCUGCCCAGCGCAAAGCUGAUAUUCUGGUCGAGCCGCUCUACCCACGACUCGGGCUUCUGGGUGGUGCACCCGAUGGCGGCGGGAAGGUAUCCAAGCUCGCAGCCUUGGCAGCCGCCCGCAAGAAGAAAGAGGGAGAGAAAGCCACAUCAGGACCGGAAGUCUCGUCAACUUCCCAACAGGAGAGGCCAGAGACGACACCACCCGAGCCACGAGGGGCCCCAUUAUCACUACGGGAGAGACUCGCAGCGAGUGGCAAGCCAUCGAAACCAUCCGAGAGCAAUGAUCGUCUUCGAAGCUUAGGAAAACCGGGCUUGUCUGCACCAUCUCCAGCUCAGAAUCAGCCGUCUCCUGGGCCCGAGAAACCCACUGGGCCAUCAAUGUCCGAGUUAACACAACCAAUCGUUGCCGAACCCAAAGAAACACCAGAGGACCAGCAGCCGGCACUCGACAUUCGCGCUUCGCCGUCUACAUUUGCUAGCGCGAUUGUAGGCGAGGCCGCAGCUCCAACAUCAGCCGAGCCCAGCCAUUUGCACUCCAAUAGCGUAGAUCUGCUCGGGAUCUACGGACAGAACCAUGCUGAACCCUUUGACUUUGCAGGCCCCAGCCCCGACGAUGUCGUCAUCAAUGCACAAAAUACCGCGAAAGGGUUCAAGUCAAAGCUGGCUGCUUCGAAAUCGGCUGGAGAUAAAAAGGCCCACGCCGAAUUGGCCAACGGGGUGAAUGGUUUGUCCGUAGAGGAGAAGGUGACUGUCAAAAGUAAGAAUCUAGACGUUCUGGCAGAGUACAAGAAGUCAACCCGGAAGAAGUCUGCGAAUUUUGUGGUGAUCGGUCAUGUCGACGCUGGGAAGAGUACUCUUAUGGGGCGAUUGCUGGCGGACCAGGGGGCAAUAGAUCAACGGACGUUGGACAAGUACCGGCGAGAGGCUGAGAAAAUCGGGAAGGGCUCGUUUGCUCUGGCUUGGGUACUCGACCAGGGGUCGGAAGAGCGAGCGCGAGGUGUGACGAUAGACAUCGCUACCAACAAGUUCGAGACGGAUACGACGGCCUUUACGAUUGUCGAUGCGCCAGGUCAUCGUGACUUUGUGCCGAACAUGAUUGCCGGCGCCAGUCAAGCAGACUUUGCAGUACUGGUGAUCGACUCGAGCGUGGGCAAGUUCGAGUCCGGCUUGAAGGGCCAGACAAAGGAGCAUGCCUUGUUGGUGCGCAGCAUGGGCGUUCAGAAGAUUAUUGUGGCUGUUAACAAAAUGGACGCAGUGCAAUGGGACCAGGGACGCUUUGAAGAGAUCGAGCAGCAAAUCUCAUCGUUUUUGACCACCGCGGGCUUCCAGGCUAAGAAUAUUUCGUUCGUGCCAUGCUCCGGGGUCUUGGGCGAUAAUAUCACUCGACGCAGCGACGACUCUCACGCCUCCUGGUACACGGGUCGAACGCUCAUCGAAGAGCUGGAGACCUCGGAGCCGUACACCCAUGCCCUCGAGAAGCCACUGCGUAUGACCAUUGGCGACGUCUUCCGGGGUGGCGUGCAGAACCCGCUGGCAAUCUCUGGUCGUCUAGACUCCGGCAGCUUACAAACAGGCGACCCGAUCCUCACCAUGCCCAGCGGAGAGACGGCCACAGUUCGCAGCGUCGAAGUGGACAGCGAGCCCAGCGACUGGGCCGUGGCGGGUCAGAACGUCGUGCUGAACCUGGCCAACAUUGAUCCCGUGCACCUUCGCUCGGGUGAUGUCGUCUGCCGAGCAUCUUCGCCGAUCCCCAACAUUACGACCUUUACUGCCAAGGUCCUGGCUUUUGAGCACCUGAUGCCCAUGCUGGUGGACGUUCACCGUGGCCGGCUUCAUGUCCCUGGCCGCAUCAGCAAGCUGGUCGCCUCUCUGGACAAGGCCUCAGGUGCGCCCAUCAAGAAACGACCCAAGAUCGUGGCCCCCGGGACCGUGGCCCGUGUCGUGGUCGAGAUGGAGCAGGCUGUGCCAUUGGAGGCACCGACUCGCGUCGUCUUGCGCGCGAGUGGUUCGACGGUGGCGGCAGGACUGUUGGAGUAA